GGUGUCGGUAAAUCGGCUCUGACUAUCCGAUUCGUGACUUCUCAGUUUUACGAUACUGGCUACAAUCCCACUAUCGAAGACAGCUAUCGCAAGCAGGUAGUCGUGAAUGAAGAGGCAGUGACGCUAGAGAUCCUCGAUACAGCCGGACAAGAGGAGUACGGAGCGAUGGCUGCCCAGUGGUACAAAUACGCCCAGGGGUUCUUGCUCGUCUACAGUAUCACCGAUCGGGUGUCAUACGAGAACUUGUUGUUGCUCCACCAGGAUAUACUGCGGGUGAAGGACAGGCCAUCAGUCCCUGUCAUUGUGGUUUCCAACAAGUGUGACUUGGCGUCACAGCGGAUGGUGGGCCAAAUCGAAGGCAGAGACCUUGCACGCUCGUUCGGUGCGCCAUUCAUAGAGUGUUCAGCGGCAGAAGGGGUCAAUGUGGAUGUGGCGUUUAGGCAGCUUGUCAAGCUCGUACGGAAG